UAGCACUCCUUCAACGACACUUUCCGACAGCUGCUCCCGCGCGCAUUCGUAUCAUUCCGUCAUCAAUCGCGGAAUCUCGGGAUUGGAUCUCGCGAAAUCGUAUCAUUUAUUGAACAAUGGCCACGGUACUUGGACGUGUAAUUGUGUAUGGGGGUAAGGGUGCCCUCGGCUCGGCUUGCGUAUCGCAAUUUAAAACCCAGAAUUGGUGGGUUGGCUGCAUUGAUACAAAUCCAAAUGAACAAGCUGAUUUAAGUGUAAUUGUAAAUCCUGACAAUGAUUGGCUGCAGCAGGAAACGAAAAUUCUGGCCCAAAUUGAAAAUACUCUGAAAGAUGAAAAAGUUGAUGGUAUUAUUUGUGUAGCUGGAGGAUGGGCUGGUGGCAAUGCAGCACAUAAAGAUUUUGUAAAGAAUAGUGAUUUAAUGUGGAAACAAAGUGUUUGGAGUUCCAUUAUAGCUGCUAGCAUUGCAUCUCGAUAUUUGAAGGAAGGAGGAUUUCUUUCUUUAACUGGUGCAAAGGCAGCAUUGGAAGAAACACCAGGUAUGAUUGGCUAUGGUAUGGCAAAAGCAGCAGUUCAUCAAUUGACAAAAUCUCUAGCGGCUAAAGAUAGUGGUCUUCCUUCCAAUAGUUUGGUAGCUUGUAUACUACCUAUUACUUUGGAUACACCAAUGAAUAGAAAAUGGAUGCCAAAAGCUGAUACAAGUACAUGGACUCCACUUGAUUUUGUGUCGAAUUUGUUUUGGAAAUGGUCUCAGAAUCAAGAUCGACCUACUAAUGGUUCUCUCCUGCAGCUUAUUACUAAGGACAAUAAGACAGAACUAAUUACAGCUUAAAAAUAUGGAACAGAUAAAAUUCGUGGGAACAAAAAUCUCAAAGCAUUUAUGACAAUAUACAUAUAUUUCAUUUUUAUUGUUGCAUAAAGAAGGAAUAUGUUCAGAGACAAAUCCUUCACCCAUACAAUCUUUAU